UCUGCUUUUGUUGUAGCUCCUGGAGCAUCUACCCCAACUGUUCACCUGCCUGCAGCACCCAUACACAGCAGUGCGUCACAUGACGGCACGCUGUGUUGGCGUGUUUAGUAAGAUCGCCAUGCUGGAGACCAUGAACAGUUUCCUGGAGUGUGUGCUCCCCUGGUUAGCAGCAAUCGGGGACUGCACCAAACAGGAGGGUGCCAUCGAGGCUUUAGCCUGUGUGAUGGAGCAGCUGGAUGUGGACAUCGUGCCCUACAUCGUGCUGCUUGUUGUACCCGUGCUGGGCCGUAUGAGUGACCCCAGUGACAGCAUCCGUUUCAUGGCCACACAGUGCUUUGCUACACUCAUCCGCCUGCUGCCUUUAGAGGCAGGGAUACCUGACCCUCCAGCCAUGUCCGCAGACCUGAUCCGGCAGAAGGCCAGAGAACGCCACUUCCUGGAGCAACUACUAGAUGGAAGAAAACUGGAGAACUACAAGAUCCCUGUUCCUAUCAAAGCUGAACUCAGGAAGUACCAGCAGGACGGAGUGAACUGGCUGUCCUUCCUGAACAAAUACAAGCUGCACGGGAUCCUGUGUGAUGACAUGGGCCUCGGCAAGACGCUGCAGUCCAUCUGCAUCCUGGCAGGAGAUACCUACCUCAGGGCUCAGGAGUACGCCAAGACUAAAGCGGCUGACUGCAGCCCCAUGCCCUCUCUGGUGGUUUGUCCGCCCACGCUGACCGGACACUGGGUGGACGAAGUGAGCAAGUUCUGCUCUAAAGAGUACCUCCACCCGCUGCAUUACACCGGACCUCCUACAGAACGGAUGCGGUUACAACAUCAAGUUAAGAAACACAAUCUCAUAGUCGCCUCUUACGAUGUUGUUCGGAACGACAUCGACUUUUUUAGAAAUAUCAAAUUUAACUACUGCAUCCUUGAUGAGGGUCAUGUCAUCAAAAACGGGAAAACCAAACUCUCCAAAGCCAUCAAGCAGUUGGCCGCCAACUUCAGAGUCAUCUUAUCAGGAACGCCCAUUCAGAACAACGUCCUGGAGCUCUGGUCGUUGUUCGACUUCCUCAUGCCAGGCUUCCUGGGAACGGAACGACAGUUUGCUGCUCGCUACGGUAAACCGAUCCUGGCCAGCCGGGACGCCAAAAGUUCCUCACGGGAACAGGAAGCAGGUGUCCUUGCGAUGGAGGCGCUUCAUCGACAGGUGUUGCCCUUCCUCCUGAGGAGGAUGAAGGAGGACGUCCUCCAGGACCUUCCUCCUAAAAUCAUUCAGGACUAUUACUGCAACCUGAGUCCUCUACAGGUUCAGCUGUAUGAAGACUUUGCAAAGUCUCGAGCCAAGGCCAGUGUGGACGACAGCCUCUCUACAGCCUCAACAGAAGAGGAGGAGAAGCCUAAGCUGAAGGCUACAGGACAUGUCUUCCAGGCGCUGCAGUACCUGAGGAAGCUGUGUAACCACCCGAGCCUGGUCCUGACCCCGCAGCAUCCAGAGUACAAACGUGUCACUGAGCAGCUGGCGAGCCAGAACUCGAGCCUGCGGGACAUUCUGCACGCGCCCAAACUCUCAGCUCUCAAACAGCUGCUGUUGGACUGUGGUCUCGGUGGUGGUGUUGGAUCAGAGGGCGGCACUGAGGCAGUGGUGGCCCAGCAUCGUGUGCUCAUCUUCUGUCAGCUGAAGAGUAUGCUGGAUAUUGUGGAGCACGACCUGCUGAAGCCCAAACUGCCCUCGGUCACCUACCUGAGGCUGGAUGGCAGCGUGCAGGCCGGCCUGCGCCACUCCAUCGUCUCCAGGUUUAACAACGACCCGUCCAUCGAUGUGCUGCUGCUGACCACACACGUUGGAGGUCUGGGUCUGAACCUGACGGGUGCAGACACCGUGGUGUUUGUGGAACACGACUGGAACCCAAUGAGGGACCUGCAGGCGAUGGACCGAGCCCACAGGAUAGGACAGAAACGGGUGGUGAACGUCUACAGGCUGAUCACUCGCGGCACACUGGAGGAGAAGAUCAUGGGUCUGCAGAAAUUUAAGAUGAGCAUCGCCAACACCGUCAUCAGCCAAGACAACUCCAGCAUGCAGAGCAUGGGCACAGACCAGCUCCUCAACCUGUUCACCCUGGACAAGGGUGAGAAGGCUGAGCAGUCAGCGUCAACCUCAGGGAAGUCCUCCAUGAAGUCUGUGCUGGACGGACUGGGGGAGCUUUGGGACCAGCAGCAGUACGACUCAGAGUACAACCUGGACACCUUCAUGCACUCCCUACAGUAGCACUGCAAGACCCCCACCACAGCCCUCUUCCACACCCACGUAGCCUCCGUCUGCUGACCGAGCUGGACCCGGUCAGAGCCGGAGGAGACCCAAACUGCUGCAGAUAACUUUCGCAGUCCACCUUACACCUAACGCAGGAUAAAUGAGGUGGGCUGAUAGUUAACGUUCAUGACCAUAAGCAAUAACUCAAGCACAGCUGGAAUAAAAAAACUAAAUUUUAACGCCUCAAACUAAACGGUACACGGCAGAAAAGUGUGUCUUAACAUUUUUAGGAAAUCCCAUAAUUCUUCGAGAUUUGCAGAGAACCCCUAAGAGGUGGUACAACGUGUCUGUACCAAACAUCUCCAGUGUUAGUUUACAACAUCUGCAUUAGUCCGCGGUGAUGAUGCGUCCUAGCUAUCCUUCAAGCUCCAGGUGCUGCUUUUCUCCCAUGAUGCAUUGCCAGAGUAUACAGUGUUAACUACUUCACCAUUACUCUCCUAUCCCACUGAUCUCAUGGUCUUAAAGCGCUGCGAUGCCCCGCCACGUCUGUCAGCUGCUCUCUGACUGAUACAAACAUUUUUCUGUACGACAAAAGGGAAACGGGUGGAGAGCGAGGGAGCUCUCUGGAGGACGCACAGGAUAUCAUCACUGACUCUUUCUGGCACAGUGAUGAGCAGGUUGUGCUGUAGAGGGCGCUGUAGUUUCCCCUCGCCCCGGGAGAGUCUGUUCACAUGAGCUGUGUGUUUGACAAAUGAACGAGUGUGUCCUGCUCUUCAAACGUGGUGUCAAAAGGAGCACUUGAAGCAGCUUCACAGAGACUGAACAUGGGGCCAAGAGGAAACUGGUACCUGAAAGAUGCCACAAGUAUUUUAAAAAGAAGAAAUAGACUUGUACAUACUUCUGUAACUGCUGCUUUUUCUUUAUGAUUGUGGAGUUGUAAUAAAUUCUACAAACCUUUGAAUUA